AUGCAGCAACAGCAGCCAAUACAAUUUUCCGACGUAUACAGCCGCCAAAAUCUCAACAACAACAAACUCAACAGCAACAGCAACAACAAGGAGAGCAAGUGCAACAGUCACCAGAAGCACAACCACGACGACGACAGGAUACGGAGCAGGCAAACCAUGCACGAAAGUCGAGUUCAUCCACAGCACAGUCUUCAGCCAGUAGUCGCGCUAAAAGCGGGAGCAUUAACAGGCAACAACGACAACACUCUACCGCUGAGACUUCUAACUACAACUUUGCUGCACCCAUGGCAAUACACGACCACCUCAUACAAGCCGCUCAUCACGCGCAAGCUCUGCAACAGCGGAACGCAGGUUCAGCUGGAGGCUGAGAACAGGAUUCUGAAGGAGGCGGUUCAGCAACACAAGUUGAGCGCGAUUGACUGGUGCAUGGCAGCCAAGGAGUAUCAGCAGGACCGGAAUAUGAUGACACUUCGGCUCGAGGAACUGGAGAUGGAGCUUGCGCGGAUGGCCCACAGCAAAAAAGCUAACAAAGCUGGAAGUGGGGCUGUCAAGUCAAAAGAUGCAACGGCCGGGCUUUCAACUUCAUCAUCAUCGUCGCAUCAACAGCUCUCCAAAUCCACGGCCUCAGCACAGACAGCAAUAAAUGGCGAGGACAACGAUGACUUAGAUGCUCGUCAUCAGUUCCUUAGUCAGUCCAUCACCCAUAUCCUCGAUGAGAUGACUCCUAAAAAGACGGAACCGGGGUUGCCUAUUCAUGGCAAGGCACACAAUGGAGGACAGAAUCGGGGUGCUGAUGCUCACUCUUCAAAGCAGCCGCCAGCUCUCAAGCAACCGUCCAAGUCGUUUACGUGCAAGUGCGGCUGUCAAGAAGAACUCCGAGCAUGGAAGACCCGAUGCAAGUAUGCCGAGAAUCGAGCAACAGCACAGGAGUUGAGGUGUGAGCAGAUGAUCGUAUACAAGGACGCCUACAAGACAAAGUGGACUCAGUGGAGGGAGGACCAGAUCCAACAACAAUACCAGCAACGGAUGAGGGCAGCCAUGCCAUUCAAUACCUCUCAGUACAUGUCACCCUUCCAAACCGCCGGCCUUCAACAGCAAUACCUCCAGCAGCAGCAGUACCAAAACAGUUUACCGGUCUCCAGCCACGAAGGCCGUUUCAAGCAUGCUCAUUUCGAGUCGGAGGGCAGCGAGACUUCGUUACAGCGACAGGAGAGGACGGAGCGGAAUACCAUCUAUAAUCAGAUCACCACAAGCUUUGUGCCAGGAGGUCAAUCCCAGCGCCAGAAAUCGAGCACUAACAUCAGACGAGCUACGGGCAAGGGUUCAGCCGAAGAACCUCAUAUCCUGAUUGAUCGAGACGAUGGAUCAAGCUCUGAAGGGCUCGUUGGACCGAGCACGAGUCCGAAAAGACCUAGAAUAGAGAGUACUGUUUUGGACUCUUCAGAUGGGAACGAUACUUCAAUGGAGUAUGAGAGUUCGGCUAUGUCUCCUACAUUUCCGUCCGACAUGACCUUGCACCUUCGACAGUACCAGGUUCACUCUGAAGACGACGACGAAGAGUCUGACGGCUAUGCCAGCCCGAGCAACAGGCCAACCCCUGGUAGACAGCCAAGGCAUCGUCAAGAGUUACCCAGCACACCUCUCUCUCGUUCACACAAGGAAGCUACACUAUCCAGCGCUCAAAAAGAACAGCAGCGGAUCACUGUAGCACCCGACUCUAUCCCAUCAGAGGACCAUGGGCCGGCUUCCUUGCACGACUAUGCUUCGGAUCGAUCCUCACCGCCAAUGUUCGAUACAGCCGAUUUCAUCACCCAAAUGGCUUCUGCACGGUCGCACGCGGCUGCCAAGGGCGCGAAGGUCUCGCCGGAUCAUCGGCAGACUGGAGGAGAAGUGAAUUCAGGACUGCGGGCAGGAGUAACGAUGAGAGCAGGAGGUGCCAAAACAGCUACCACCGAUAAACACCACCCCAAGCCUUCCAGGAUAGCAGAUGUUGCGAAUGGUGAGAGGCAAAACUCCAGUUCUGCCGAACCCUUUAGUGUCUAUGAAGACCCAGGUCCCGCCGCACCAGCCAGUGUCGUCCUUGAAACGCCCCUUGAGCUCCAGGGCAUCAGAGGAGAUAAGCCAGUGUCGACAGCCAAAGUGGUCCCAAAAGUGAUUGAGAUUGUCGGGGACGAUCAUGCAGCUCCGGGGAAUGUGAGCAAUGGCGGUGAUGGAGGAGAAAGGGCUGAUGUCGAUGAUAAUGAUGGAGGGUCUGACAAGGAGAAUAGUCCCCCUGAAGCUGGUGUUAUCGAACGACGGGAUUCGGACGGGAUGGUGGACUUUGAAGAGACACAUGUUACCCCUGCUCGUCGAGACAAUUCCCCAUCAAAGGCAAAUGUUCCUGAGGAGCGUAUCUACAACUAUACCGAGAGGCGCAAGAACAAGCGGAAACUGAUGCAUGGUCACAACUGUGAAUGUUGUCGACGCUUCUACGAGAUAACGGGACCAUUGCCACUCCCGGAUGGAUACAGCCAUUUCUUUCAACCGAUUCCUCGGCCGGGCGAGAAGGAGGUGUGGGAAAAGACGGACGAGGAGCGAUUACAGGAUCGGAUCCAGCAGGUGUCGAGACACCGUGUGCACCAUAUGGCUCCGAUGACGCCACCAGGGUACUGGGACACGGAUUUCCCGUCGACGCCUGAACGCAAGAAGUGGGAUGAUAUUGAUCGAGAGAGACGUGAGCGGAAGCGGCAGCAGGAGUCGCAUCAGACAGAGCAACAGUUGCAGCGUCAACGGUAUGGUGGUGGUGGUGGAGGCAGCUCGAGUCAUGCGGGUCCCUCUGGGUUAUCAUCUCGUUCCAAGUUUUGA